AUGCGGCCCAGCAGCUUUCUCAUCUCGGCGGCGCUCCUCAUUGGCAGCGCGGUCGAUGUGCUCGGGGGUGCUGGCCCCGUGAGCGUGAAGGUGACCCUCCGCGGCAAGAAGUACGACGUCCAGGACGCCACGAGCGUAGAGGAUGUCCAGAAGUCCGUCGAGGAGCAGGCAGGCCUUGCCAAGGAGCAACAGUCGGUGUUGUUCAAGGGGAGUCUUCUGAAGCCGGAGUUGGAGUUGGAAGAGGCGGGCGUUUCCGACGGGGACACGGUCAACAUCGUCCCCAGCAAGAAGCCCAAGACGUCCGUGGCAGCGGUAGAGGCGGGAGUUGGGGGGGGGGCGGGCGGAAGUGAUCCCUUCGGCGGGGCUCUCGGGGGCCUGGGCGGCCUUGGGGGGGCGAUGGGCGGGGGAAUGCCUGGGGGAAUGCCCGGGGGCAUGCCGCCCGGCGUGACGCCGGAGAUGUACCAGAAGAUGAUGAAGGAGAUGAUGAACUCAGACAUGAUGGAGGAAGUGCUGGGCAACCCAGAGAAGAUGGAGCAGGCAAGGCAAGCCAUCCUGGACAACCCGACCCUCAAGCAGGCCAUGACGCAAUUGCCGGGCUUCGCCGACAUGAUCGAUUCUCCGGAGAAGUGGCGGGAGAACAUGGAGAUGGCGUUGGAGAUGUUCAAGGCCCAGAAGGCCAUGAUGCAGCAAGAGGGGGCAGGGGACGAAAUCGACGGCGCCGCGGAUGUCGACGACCUGGAUGACGAGUAGAGACUUGGUCAAGUCAAAAGAGGGAUGUAGGGAUGUCUUCUAUCUGUCUCUCACCUUUUUUUGUGUGUUGUAGUGUUCUUGUGAACGCGGAUGCGGAUGUGGUGAUGAAUGACAAGGUAUCCCAAACGGUAGUUGCAUCCCUCUACGUGAAGACUUUUGGCUGUUUGUUGUUUUCUCCGGCAUGGCGAUGAAUCCGAGAGCGCACAACAGCAGUCUCAUUUGUUUUUGUCUUUGUUUCUGUUGCUUCUGUCCUUUUGACACGCGGAUGGAUAGGGAUGGCGGUGUUGGGUGCCGGACAACACUAGGGGUGUCUUGUUCCCUAAAUAGACUCUUUUUACUGCUCUCGUCGUUCCGCUAGGGGACGGUGACGAAGGCGAGUGGCGCUUUCAAAAUCUUUUACGAUAGUACCACCAGCGUGUGUGUUCGUUGUGGAAGCGAGUAAGGACUGCUGAGUGACGGCGGGGGUGGCUGUGACAGCAUGCUACCCGCGCCUAGUUCUAUGUAGAGGCUCGGGGUGUAGACUGGUGGCUGGUGAUUCAUUUUUUUUUUUCGUUUGACGACGCACGACGCUCGCGAAGGAGAAGGGUAGAAACAGAAAGAAGGCGGUUUUUUCCCACACGGCCGUUAAACUUUUAUUUUCGUUGGGCGACGCGCGUCUGAAUAGGGGGAGGGACUAUAAUGCACGGAAGAAAGAAAUGUUCCUCC